UCUAAGAAAGGUGGAGACUUCGGGAUAACUUCCUGCACAGUACUCUUAAGAAUCAUACCUCACAGUUUAACACCAGGCCGACAUUUAAACCAAGUCGAAUGGAUUAAUAGCGCAAAUAAACUCGCUAACAAGCACUUCACCAACACGAUUCCACGCACAAGGAUUUACUGCUAGCAUUCAGUCUGCUAGCUAACAUCAGCUAGGACGGCAGAUUGUACACAUCAGAUCAAGACGGUCUCGUAUCGAAGGACAGUAUGGUUGAGGUGGUGGUGGAGUAUGACUAUGAAGCCCUCCAAGAGGAUGAGUUGACCCUCAGGCUUGGAGACGUGAUCAGAAAUGUGCGACGAAUCGAUGAGGAUGGAUGGAUGGAAGGAGACCUCAAUGGGAAACGAGGCCUUUUCCCGGACAACUUUGUAAAGGUGAAAAAAGAUGAGCCAAAGUCCAAAGAGGAGCCAAAGGAGGCUAAAGACGUGAAGGAGGCAAAGGAUGAUACUCCAUUACAGCGGCGACCAUCAAAGAAUGUAGCAAGCCUGGUGCAGAGGAUCAGUACCUACGGCAUCCCGACCGGAGGACUCGGCUUACAACCCCAUUCUCAACCCCGUGCCUCAAAAAAGAAGGCCAAGAAGCGUCAGUGCAAAGCCCUGUUUGAGUAUGUGCCUCUGAAUGAAGACGAGCUGGAACUGAAGGUUGGAGAUAUCAUUGACAUCACUGAGGAGGUUGAGGAGGGCUGGUGGAGCGGAAGCAUGAAUGGGAAGUCUGGACUUUUUCCUUCCAAUUUUGUCAAAGAAGUUGACUCAACUGAAGACACCGAGACCAGCGACGUUACAGAGGAGCCAGAUAACACAGAUGGACUGUCUAGCCCCACUUCCCCUCACCCAGGCAAUGGCGUCAUGGCCCAACCGAAGAAGAUUAUAGGCAUUGGCUUUGGCGACAUAUUCAAAGAGGGCUCUGUAAAACUGAGAGUCUCCCAAAGAGGACCUGUAAACGAGGAAAAGAAAGAAAAACCAAUUCCAUCAUUACCAUCUGCCACAAAACCUACCCCUUUGAGCUCUCCUGAACCCCCUAAAGGAGAAAAAGAGGCAGAGAGCAAAGGAAAAGUAAAAGAAUACUGCAAGGCCACUUUCUCCUAUGAAGCAACUAACCAAGAUGAGUUGGAUUUAAAGGAGGGUGACACCAUCCACGUACUGAGUAAGGACACAGGGGAGCCGGGCUGGUGGAGAGGAGAGAUCAACGGCAGAGAGGGAGUUUUUCCAGACAACUUUGUUGCUCUGCUUCCUGAGACAGACAAAGAGACACUAACAUCCAAAGGCUCCUUUAAAGUAUCUCCUAAACAGGAAGCAGAGGAGAAGCCAAAGAAGCCCCCACCACCAUCCAAAACCUCAGUCCUGAAACCUGAGGCCCCCAGUGUGGACAAGAAGCAACCGCAGCCACGGCCUGAAGAUAAAGUUGUCAAGCCCUUGCCAGAGAAACCAGCCAAACCUGCUGGCCCCACCGUCCCCCCGAAAAAGCCUGUGCCUCCAAGCAAGGGACUGCUGCGUCCUUCCAUCCACACAAAACGACCUGACUUGCCUCUCACUCCAUCACCAGCCGCCAAGCAAGUGCACAAUGGAGAAGUUCCCCUCACACGAACAAAGUCAGAGGCCGAACCUGUACCAAUCAAGCCAAAAUCCACUGUUGUGGACAGCGGCGAGAAGAAUUCAGAAACGGCUAAUCUCAUGAGUUUUGAUGAUGUCUCCUCUACCUCGGAGAAGUUAACCCACCCUACCGCACAGCGACCAAAGAUGCCUGGGAGAAGACCGCCUGCUCACAGAGGCCAAUCGCCGAGCAAGGAGAUUGGCGAGAAAGCUGAGAAAACCGAGGAAGUGGAUGAAGUUGACCCUGUGCUUUCCGCACAGAAUUCGCUUAAGACGUCCGUCUCAUCGCCCUUACCAUCUACAGCACCUAAAGCAAUUUCAUCCACCCAUUUUACGCCUGAGCCCAGACCAAAACCUGACAAGGAAGAGGAGAAAGGGUCUGAACUAGAUGACCUAAAGGCUCAGAUGAAGGAGCUAAUGCUGUCUGUAGAGUUACUAAAGACACAACAGACGAGAGAGCUCAACGAACUCCGAAAAGAGCUGGACGAUGAGCGACUCAAGCGGGUGGCCCUGCAGAUGGAGAUAGAUAAAGUGAAGAAGCUUGUACAAUCAACAUGAAAUCUGGCUCCCUGAACUGGACUGAUGGCUCCGCUGUCACGUCACGAGUGGAAAGCGACCUCCAGAUGGAGGGACGAUAUCAUUCACGUCAUCAUUACACUCACUGACUUACUCCACAAAUUGUAAGAUUCACAUAUUUGCACAUGAGGUUUUUUUCUAGGUUUAGAAAAGUGUAAUUAUGACAGAUGUAUAUGGUUGUUUUCCUCUCUUUUUUUCUUUUUUGCCAACAAAAAAUGAUCGAGGCCUUACUUUACUACUGUGCUGGAUAUGUACUCUGGGCACUUAUUGAAAAGUGCAGCAGAUUAUGCAUUUAAUACUACUGAGUCUGUAUAAAUGUUGGGGGAUUAUCUUGUUUCCUUGUUUUUUUAUGACGGGUUAGUUUUUAAAGAAAACUAUCGUGAUCUCAGCAAUAUUCUGUCUAUAUUAGCCUCAUUAGAUGAUUAUCAAAUGUAUGGCGUACUCUUGGUUCCUUAGUGAUGAUGUAUUCUGUUGUUUCAAAAGGGAGAAGAUUUCUGUUUGUGUUUUCUCUAACAUUCCUAUCCAGGGUAACACUAUCGUGCCUGUUAAGAUUUUUACAAGUGUUAAUACUGGGAGCUCUCAUACAAUAUAAAUAUAUAUAAAUAUAUAUGUGUAUACUUAGAUCUACGGCAUGAUAUAUUUUUAUGGUCUACUGAUUGACUGGGAUUGUGUGUUUUGGUUUAAAACACCCAACACAAGAAAAUGUGGCUUCGACAAGCGGUGCCAUUUCACCAUACGAAUGGCAGAAAUCGAUUUAGCAAUUUAGGCUUCAGUUUAAUGGCAUAGAAUACCGGUGGUUUUGUUCUGCAAUUACGCCCCCUUGCAAA